AUGGAGUUGUUUGAGUGUCACGGAACCAUCAACGUGUGGGCUAGCGAAGACACCACUCAGUUCUUUGUUCGCUAUCAACACAAGGACUCACACAAGCCUUAUGUCAAUAUCGACCUACCUCCAGCCGUGAGGAGGCUCAUUGAAAAUCGAGCGGACAUGUGUGGUCCGCAGAUCUGGAAGGAAAUUCUGAAGACUUACCCCGAGCCACUAUUCUCGUAUCACCAAGUAUACAACCACCUUCUCAAGCUGAACUCAGGGGCCUGGCGUCUGGACGAGAAUGAAGAGAAGUCAGCCGAGCUUCUUCUCGAGAAGCUCUGUUCGGAACGUCCAGAAUGUGCCAUGUUGGAGAGAAUUAGGCUUCCAAAUGACCCUGUGGACGGUUAUUCGGCAUUUGCAUUCUCCUUGCCUGCUCUCAUACGCAAGUGGGGUGGAUGUGUCAAGGAAGUUCAGCUCGAUUCCACAUUCAAAACGAACAAGAUCGGAUAUGAAUGCUUCGCCAUCUUAGGGGAGGUGUUUGGAUCUGGUGUCUCUCUCGGAUUUUUGCUUAUCAAGUCGAACGGUAACCCAAAAUUGGGCGCAAAGGAGGCUUACAUUCAAGUGCUCCUGCGCAACAUUACCGAGCACUGGGAGAUAUCACCGAUCCAGACUCUGAGCGACAAGGACAUCACGGAAAUCAACGCGUUCCUAGCGGUGUUUCCCAAAGAGGUAAAGCAUCAGCUUUGCUUAUGGCAUGGGAUUCAAGCGUUCCGGGGUCGUCUCUCGGUGAUUUCGCGUCCUCCAGCGUUAUACCACGCCGAUGAGGCCUUUGCUGAGUUCGACUUCAUUGAUGUGAUGUUUCUUCCAGUAGCCCAGAUGCAACCAGAAGACCGCGCUACUAUUCUAGUUGCACACGAGAUGAUCCCUACAAUUCAAUUCCGGCUGGGCGGUGCACUCCUGCCACGCGUUCCGGAGCGUUCGAAGAUUGUCAUCCAGGUCGAUGGCAAUGUUCGUAACGUGCUCGGGAGCUUGGAUAAUCCCAAAGAUCUUCUCAACAUCCUAGAUGAUGAAGAAGAAUUUGCCGAGCAUCUACUUGCCGGCGAAGAAUCAGAUCGGCUGGAGGCCGCAGAUUCGUGGUUAGAGCCUGACGAAGAGCCAAUUGGGACGAUCUUUCGGACGGUCGAUGGCUCUGACGUGUUCUGCCCUGCUGUCCAUCGCAAGCAGCUGGUGCACAUGUUCAUCCGACACUGGUGCCUACACUCAUUACUCCUGGACCAAAGUGGGCAAACACAGACGAAGGACGAGAUUCGAAGGGAGGCUGUGCAUGAGGCAUACAGAUUCUGCUAUCAACGCGGUCUCCGCGAGGUCUGGGCCUAUAUGUGGGAAGCGUGGUAUUGUCCCUCAAAGUGGCGCUUGUGGGCUCGUUCGUCUCAGCCAGACUAUAUCGGGCGAUGGAGAACAACAAUGGCUGUCGAGAAUUUUUGGCGCAACAUCAAGAAAGGCGCCCUGCUGCAUCUCACUCACCCUCGCUUAGAUCAACUAGUCUAUCUUAUCGCAAAUGAGAUCCUGCCCUCAAUCACUGCGAAGAUGUCCAAGUUCGAUCCGAAAUGGCGGGACGGACGGACGGUCAAAGCAGCAUACUCCGCCGUUUACCCACCUGAUCCUCAAUUCUUCCGGAACGUCUAUCGUCGCCGAGUCAUUCCCUUCUAUCACCAUCCAGAGUUUCUGAUGCCCAAGUCUGGUCCGGAGAUUCGUCACAACACGUUCAAAGCCUCCGAUUUAGCGGGGGAUUUCCAAGCAGACGGGAUUGACCGAGCGCGUUCGGCGGCAUCAACGCAAGUGCUCGAUGUAACAGCUGCUCCCCACGAAGAUCAGGAGGAGGGGAAUCAAUACGACGCCGAGCUCUUCCCCUCUUCCCCAGCUCGAUCCCAGCCUUCUGUCCAUCCCAACGAAGAGUAUGAUGAUAAGGAUGAAUUGGAGGAGUUCGGAAAGAAUUUGCUCAACGUCCUGGAGGGCGGGAUCACAUUGCUUAAACGGCAGCUCGAGAACAUCGACGAGUCCCAAGUUCUUCUGCGGGCCUUAAAGCGGCGAAAGAUCGGGCAGGAUUUGGCUGCAAUUGUUGCUGACAAUCGGCACGCAACAGAGACGGGUCAGAUUCGAAGGACGGUCUGGGGAUUGAAUGGGAGCCGUGCAGACAAGAGGUAUAGUAGAAAUACAAUGGGAGCUAGGUAG